AUGUUUUCGCUUACCAAGCCCCAUAUCAAUGUUGGUACGAUUGGUUAUGCUGAUCAUGGCAAGACAACCCUGACGGCUGCCAUCACCGCCAAGUUCGGCUCGACCCCCGUAGCUAACGACCAUACUGACAACAGUCUUGAGACGAAGGUCCAUGGUAUGGCCAUGUCAAUCGCCCACGUCCAGUACGAGUCUGAGGCUCGCCAAUAUAGGCACGUUAACUGGCCGAACCAAGCCGAUUACAUCAAAUACAUGCUCAGCGACGCAGAGCAGAUGGAUGGCAUGAUCCUGGUCGUGUCAGCUGCGGACGGCCUGAUGCCGCAGACACGCGAGCAGAUUGUGUUAGCACGGCAGGCGGGUGUGUCGUACAUUGUUGUAUUCCUGAACAAGUGUGACAUGGUGGACGACGAGGAUCAGCUCGAGCUGGUGGAACUAGAAGUCCGUGACCUGCUGAGUAGUUACGGUUUCCGGGGAGACAACCUACCGAUCAUCAGGGGCUCGGCGCAACAGGCGCUGGAAGGGAGCUUGGAGGGGAGCGAGCUGGGCGAGCACGCCAUCACCCGCCUGGUAGAGGCGUUGGACGCGUACAUCCCGGUUCCCGUGCCUGCGGUAGAUCUCCCGUUCUUGAUGCCGGUGGAGGAUGUGUUCUCAAUUGCAGAUCGCGGUACAGUAGUCACAGGCAGAGUGCAGCGCGGCAUGAUACGGAUCGGCGACGAAAUUGACAUCGUGGGCUUCGGCGCAGUGAUCCGGACGACGUGCAUAGGCGUGGAGAUGUUCCGCAAGUCACUGGAGUACAGCCAGGCAGGGGAAAAUGUGGGUAUCUUGCUACGUGGUGUCAAGCGUCAGGAUGUCGAGCGCGGUCAUGUGCUGGCCAUGCCGGGCCAGAUCAGGAUGUACACGACCUUUACGGCGCUUGUGUACCUGCUGAGGAGGGAAGAGGGCGGCCGUCACACGCCGAUCUUCAACGACUACCAGGCGCAAUUCUUCAUCCGCACGACGGAGGUGACAGGUUCGAUCAAGGUGUCGGAAGGCAUGGACAUGGUGAUGCCAGGUGAUACCUCGUCGAUCACAAUUAAGCUGAUCACGCCGAUCGCCAUCAUAGAAGGCCUGCGUUUUGCCAUCUAUGAGGGUGGGAGGACAAUCGGUAGUGGUGUUGUUACCGCCAUCCUCGAGUAG